UCGGCCUGUCUUUUCCUCCAUCUUUCUGGACUGAUAGCAGGUGAGCUCACCUGAAGAGGACAACAAUGCCUGGAAGACUGUGGAGUAAGGCCGUCUUCACCGGCUACAAGCGAGGCCUGAGGAACCAGCGGGAGCACACGGCGCUGCUGAAGCUGGAGGGCUGCUACAGCAGAGACCAGGUGGACUUCUACCUGGGCAAACGCUGCGCCUUCGUCUACAAGGCCAAGAAGAACACGGUGACGCCCGGAGGGAAACCCAACCGGACCCGGGUGAUCUGGGGCAAGGUGACCCGCCCUCACGGGAACAGCGGGAUGGUCCGGGCCAAGUUCACCAGCAACCUGCCGGCUAAAGCCAUCGGACACAGAAUCAGAGUGAUGCUGUACCCCUCUCGGGUGUGAUGAAGAGUCGUCUGGAUGUUUGUACAGAAAAAUAAAGACAUCAGUGAAA